ACAACUUCACACGCCACGUACACGUGGGUUCUCCUCCGUGCAGUUUCCUGAACAGCGUCCAACUCCAUACACGUCCCAGACACUCCUCAUGUUACCGGCAGCAGCCUCAGCGCGGGCCCGGGCCCAAGCGCUUCUCCGGCGGACACUCUUUACCCGACGACUGGGGCCGGCAGCGGCGAGCCAAGCCCACACGCAGGUUGACGUCGGCGGUAAUGGCACCGGACGGACCGGCGAGGGAAUUUGUGUGGACUUCGAGCAGACCAGAGAGGCUUACAAGAGUAAAGAUUCGUUGGACAUACUAAGAAGUUUGCUGGUUCUCAAGAUGUGCUCCUAUGACUUCCUGGUUGACAAUAACGAAGAGAUCAUGGAUUUUGGGAAGAAGUUGCUGGGUCAGAAGGCCUUUGAUCAGCUGAUGAAGAUGACCUUUUACGGCCAGUUUGUGGCCGGCGAGGACCACAAUGCCAUCAAGCCGCUGAUCCGGAAGAACCUGGCCUUUGGUGUGGGCUCCGUGCUGGACUACAGUGUGGAGGAGGACAUCAGCCAGGGGGCCCCCAGCAGACACCAAUGCAGCAACGACUACAGCGAGAAGUUUGCUGAAUCCCAUACGUACUUCCAUGCAGAUGAGAGUAAAUGCGAUCAACAUAUGGAAACAUUCAUUAAAUGUAUCCAAGCAUCUGGCGGGAGUUCGAUGGAUGGCUUCUCGGCCAUCAAAAUGACCGCUUUGGGACGUCCGCAGUUCUUGCUCCAGUUCUCGGAGCUCCUGGUGAAAUGGCGACGAUUUUUUCACUUCCUGGCAUCCAAGCAGGGUGGAGUUGGCACGGAUGUCUUGGAGCAAAGGCUGGACCUGAGACAGAUGCAGGAUUUUUUAAACGGACUGGGUGAAACAGGUGACAUUUGCAAUGCAUUCGCUACAGGGACAGACGCCUCAGGAAGUAUUGACCUCCUGGACUGGAACAGCCUCUUAGAUGACAGAGCAAACCUGUCUGAGAUGCUUCAUGUCCCGAACGUUCAGCUCGGCAAGCUGGAGCCUCUGAUGAAGGACUUUGCUGCAGAAGAAGAGGGACAAAUGAGGAGGAUAUUACAGCGGAUGGAUGUUUUAGCAAAGCAUGCUGUAGAGAACGGCGUCCGCUUGAUGGUGGAUGCAGAGCAGACCUACCUGCAGCCGGCCAUCAGCAGACUGACUCUGGAGAUGCAGAAAGUCUACAAUAAAGACAAGCCGAUCAUCUUCAACACAUACCAAUGUUACCUAAAGGAGGCGUACGACAACAUAACGUUGGAUGUGGAACUAUCUCGGCGCAAGGGCUGGCACUUUGCUGCCAAGUUGGUGCGGGGGGCCUACAUGCAACAGGAGCGGGGAAGGGCCUUGGAGUUGGGUUAUGAGGAUCCCAUUAACCCUGACUAUGAGUCUACCAACACCAUGUACCACAGAUGUUUGGAUUACGUGCUGGAUGAGAUUGCGCUCAACCGGAAUGCCAAUGUUAUGGUUGCAUCCCAUAAUGAGAACACGGUGAAACACACACUGAUGAGAAUGAACACGCUUGUUCUGUUGCCCAGUGACAAUAAAGUGUUCUUCGGCCAACUGCUGGGGAUGUGUGACCAGAUCAGCUUCCCACUGGGCCAAGCAGGCUUCCCGGUCUACAAGUACGUUCCCUACGGCCCGGUGAGCGAAGUGAUGCCCUACUUGACUCGGAGAGCCCAGGAAAACCGAGGCUUCAUGAAGGGCGCCCAGAAGGAGAGAGAUCUGUUGUGGAAGGAGCUGAAACGCAGACUCGCCUCCGGGGAGCUUCUCUAUAGGCCGCUCUACUGAAAGCACACAGGAGGAGAUAACGUCAAGGUUUUUUUUCCAUCCCCCUCCCCUCCUCAUCUUCUUGGCUGUCUCCCACCCGUCUUUAUGUUUUAUCUCUGUCUGCAUUUCAUUCCUUUCUGUCUCUCCCUGCAAAGCCACCGGCACCGAUCACUUGUCGAUGCGCUAUCCCCCUAUACAUCUUUAUUCCGCACCUCCCUUUGUCUGCAGAGCUCCGGCAUCAAUCUCGCCAGCAUCUUUAGUGCUCUAAAAGGAAUUGUGAAAAUGUCAACAAGUCCUAUGCGGGCGUUGCUUUUCAUCCCCGCCAUUCAUCACGGGCGAGGACACAACUUAAAGGCGUCAUUUAAAUGCCAGUGGAGGAAUCAUCUGUAAUGUUUAAAUAUUAAAAGGAGCCAUAUGUAACAAUUCCAUGUCAAGUCAUCAUUAAAUGGCCCUGAUAUGUCAAAAGGCAUUAAUAAAUCAUGCCAAUACCUCCAUAACUGACAACAGUAUGCUCAUUUCAAAAAUAGAUUUACAGCCCAGAAAUAUUGUUUUUGUUUUCAAUUCAAUGCCCCACCCUCCACUGUUUGACCAAUUAGAAAGUCUGUUAGUAUGUCACAUACAGGUUGCCAGUUACGCACUGCCAUCUUGGUCUGGCUACUGCCACUGGUAAAGUUACUAAACAUGUCAGACCGUAGUACUUCUAAAAGUUAUCAUUCUCAACUUAUUCAUGAAAAAGCCAGGUACAAAACCAGGAUUUGUAUCGGGGAUGCCUUUGAAAGAUGGAAACUAUUGUAGGCGGAGAAGAUUUUUUCAUUUGAAGCCAAACUUGCUAAUUUCCUCUUUGAUAGGUAAGUCAGGAAUUUACGUUUUCUUAUUACUUGUAAUAAAUGGAAUUGGACAUUUGGUCUGUAAGCAAUAUUGUCCAAUACAGUCUAUGAUCUUGUCUAACAAAGCUAGUAUGUUCCUGCAAUGAAUGCUUAGUGUGAUGGUGCUUUGCUCCUAGUGCAGGGGUCGGGAACAUUUUUGGCUGAGAGAGCCAUACAAGCCAAAUAUUUUCAAAAGUAUUUCCGUGAGAGCCAUAUAUUGGUUUUUUUAAGACUGAAUACAACUAAAUGUGUGCAUUUUUAAGUAAGACCAACAUUUUUAGUACAAUACGUCGCUCUUUCUUUUUAAUAACAUUGUUAUUCUGAAGCUAACCAACAAUCAAUAUAAUACUUCAUACCAUUAAUGCGACUUCUUGAACAGGUGCAGUAGAAACCGAAUGGAUGGAUUAAAAUGAAUGAGAAUGUUUUAUAAUUUGAACAUUAUUUUUGACACUGUGAUUACCAGCGGAAUUAUUCAUUACUUAUCGUGUUAAGCAAUGUCAGCUAAGAUUUAUCUGAGAGCCAGGUGCAGUCAUCAAAAGAGCCACAUCUGGCUCUAGAGCCAUAGGUUCCCUACCCCUGUCUUAGUGUAAUGCUUAACAUGACACUUUAACGGGGGGAAAAUAUGCCCGUUAGACUGUAUGUCGAUGUGUAUUCCAACUGCCAGAGUAAAAUAUAUUGUCGACAGAUAAAACCUAUGUGGUUAUGGGUAGUGUCAGUGCCUAUUUCCCUCUCAAAUGAGGAAAUGAGUUUCAACAUUAGCACAGCUGUCAUCAUGGCUACGUGAAAGGUAUGGAGACAGCCAAAUAGCAUGAUCAAAUAAUUCCUCAUUGGUGUAGCCUAUAGGCAUACCUUGGUAAAAUGUCUCCUCUUGAGUUUUGGACGUACAUUAGGCUACUUAUUGUCAACAAUAUAACCAUUGCUAGCGUUGGUUGUAGUUGGUUUUAGUGUUUGUUUUUUGAUAGUACUGACAACAACCAUGAAUGCCAUUUGUUGUGAUAUUGUAUGCAAGAAAGACAUACUUCUUCCUGAAAAUAGCCCAAUUUCUGUGUCAAAUGUGUUGGUUAGAGAUUUGUUAUUGGCAAUACGUUAGUCUAUUCAUCUAUUAUGGUCCCAGCCCCUCAACCCCUAGUAAGAGGCAGUAGAAUUUUGAAGUUCCUUGGAGUAGCCCAGUCCAUCCAGCUGGAUUUGGUUGCGUAUCUGGCAACCUCAGUCAGGGAAGGAGGUAGGGGACUACACAAUUUUUGACUGUGAUUGCAGUAACAUUUCUGGCCACAUUAUUACAUAUGGCACCUUUAAACAUAUAUUCCUUUAAAAAAAGAUAAGGGACACCAUAAUCAAGAUCUUGUUCCAGGUGUUGUUACGUGUGCCUUUAGGGGGAAAAAAGAACUAUGUUGUGUAUAUAAUUAGAACAAUGCUCUGUAUUCAGGGUGGGAAUUUUCUUUAAAUACAAAUGCCUGCAGAUGCCUCAACACAAUAUAAGACUCACAGGUACACUUUCACACCCAAAUGAGAUCCAACACACGAACUGUACUGAUGCUGCAUUGUUGUUGUUGUUUUGUUUUUGUGGUGCAGACUACUGAGAGCAGUCAGCUUCAAACCUCUCCGACAGUGUCUAUCAAAACAUAGGCAUAGGUGCGUUAUUGUCUUUGUAAAAGCAGUGGAGGUGCAUUAAUAAAUACAUCAAGUAAA